AUGAAUUAAAAUUAAGAAGAUAAUGCUUAACCAUAAUUAUUAGAUAAUUAAGGAACUGAAAAUUAAAAGCAAAUUGAAAAGAAAGUAGUUGUUUAACCUUUUGAAUAAGAAAAAUAAAAAAUUUAAUAUAAAUAUCUUGGACAUCCUCCUUUUGAAAUUAAUCCAGAAGAUGAAGUAACUAUACAUUUUAUUUAAGGAUAUAAGUUGUAUUGAAGGCAGAAUACCUAAUAUAUAAGCUUUAGAUUAAUGUGUUAAUCUAAAAAGAUUAUGUUUAAGAACAAAUUUAAUUUCUAAAUUAGAAGGACUAUAAAAUUGUAUAUUACUUGAAGAAUUAGAUUUAUAUGAUAAUCGUUUAAUAAAGAUAGAAAAUAUAGAAUUAUUAGUCAAUCUAGAAAUACUUGAUUUAUCUUUCAACAAUAUUAAAAAAAUAGAAAAUUUAGAAAACUAAAAGAAACUUAAAAAGUUGUUUUUAUUAAGUAAUAAGAUCAAAAAAGUAAAUAAUUAUUAUUAUUAUAAGAUAUAAAAUUUAGAUUUUCCUGAACUUACAAUGUUAGAACUUGGUUCUAAUAAAAUUUCAGAAAUUGAAAAUCUUGAUAAAUUGCCAAAACUUAGAGAAUUAUUUUUAGGUAAAAAUAAAAUAUAGUUAAUAAAAAAUCUUGAACCAUUAUCAAAUACAUUAGAAUUAUUAUCUUUAUCAUGCAAUAAAAUAUAAAUGAUUCAACCAGAAAUAUAAUGUUUAUAGAAUUUGAAUUAUCUUUAAAUAGCUGAAAAUUUCAUAACAAUUAUUGAAAAUUUGAAUGGAUUAAAAUAAUUAGAAUUAUUGGAUUUAGCUCAUAAUAAAAUUACUAAAGUUUAAGGAAUAGAUUAAUUAUAAUAACUAUAAGAUUUAUGGGUAUUAAUUAUUAACUAUAAUAGUUAAAUAAUAAUAAAAUUGAAUAUUUUAAAGACUUUGAAUUAUUGAAAUUAAAUCAAAGUAUCAAAACAAUAUAUGUUGAAUAAAAUCCUGUUUCAUAAUUCCCUGAUUACAAAAUGCAAUUAUUGUCUUUAAUACCAACCUUAAUUCAAAUAGAUGCUGUAAGAAUUAAAUGA